AUGGCCGAUCUUAGACAUCUGCUCAAUCCAGUCUCCGAGAACAAGCACAUCAUUUCGAUGCCUGCGACUCCAAACACAACCCCAACCAUGACAGAGAUGCCAUCUCCUCGCAAGAGAACAAAGCUCACCAAGGACGCUCCUAUCUUCACGGCUGGACCUAUCCGAGGUCAAUGUCGAUUCCCACCUGACGAGUUUCAAGACGAGGAACUUGCGGCACAUCAUCAGCAGUUCGAAGUCACACCAUUUGGUGAGAUCGCAGAUUUCCCUCGACACAUACCUUACAACAGCGAAAAGAAGUCAUUCUUGGAGAAGACUGGUCGUGAACAUCUAGAAGUCAGAACAACCCCCCUGUUCAAGUGUACUGGUCACAUGAAGACGGCUCCAGCAAAAAUGCUCAAUCGCAACCCGGGCUUACGGGACAUCUGUCAUAGUAUCACUGGUGGCGCGCUUGUUGCUCAAGGUUACUGGAUUCCACAUGCUGCCGCGAAAGCGAUCGCUGCCACUUUCUGCUACAGCAUACGCUAUGCUCUCACGCCUGUCUUCGGCCAUGACUUCCCAGAUAGCUGCAUCGGACCUGGUGCAAACGGGUUUGGUGACAUGAUCAUUGACCCCUCGAUUACACGACAUUGCACGGAGCAGGCAAAGACCUUUCGCGAACAGGAGAAACACGCCAUUUCGCAAUGUUCAGAUAAGGUGAUACAUCCACCAACACCCAUCACGCCUACACCUCGUCGCGCCAGACACACACAGGCCAGGAAGAACAAAGAGGUGAAACUAGAAUUCACAACUAUCUACAACAGCCCUUACAAUAGCCCAUACAAUUCAGAUACUGGGUCAGACGAUACCUACGCAUCUGCAGCCUCCACCCCAGAACCUGGUUAUCGCAUCGCUUUCACCCCAGUCAAUACUCCACGACAGCCGCCUCGGUCGGUACCACAUCCCGAAAGACGACUCCCAUCACCACGUGACAUUCUAUCUCAGUCUAACGCUCACCAUUACGGCAUGCAUCAAGAGCCAAUAACUCCAGCAUCAACUCUGGCAAGGUAUUCAUCACCAGAAGUGUCACCAAAGACUAUACCUCGCAAGUUACCUAAUGAAGACAUUACCGAAAGUCGUGGCCAUUGGGAGCAUACGAAUGGAGUCCAAAGUGCUGCUUACGGCAUGAAUUGGCUUGAUACCCAUAUACCUGAGGAACAACAGAGGGCAGCAUACGCGUUAUUGAGUUUGAAAUUCGCUUCAAGUGGCAGCAGGAUGGCUCAAGGGCUCGGUAUUACCUUGCCGUGUCUCGAGGAAGGGCGUGCAUGGUCAGCCUAA